AUGGUGCAGACACGUGCUGAGAAGACCACCGAGUCAUCCGAUAAGAGAGGCAAUGGAGCUCAAGGGGUGCAACCACGAGGAGUUUCAAAGGAGAGGUGGCGGGACGUGAUCACGAAGGACCUCACCGAAACUAAAGUAAGGGCAGAAGAUGCCAUAGAUGCAAGGCAGUGGAGACGAGUGACAAUAAUAGCUGACCCUGCGACGGCGCGGGAUUAA